CCUAUCAAGUGUGCCAACCGACUUCCUCUACAGCAGAACAUCCAACCCCACGAUGAAGCUUUAUUUGGCGGUAGUUUGCAUGCUAGGCUUCUUGAGCGAAGGAGUCUUCACGAUGUACGCUUCCCUAUCUAUCGGAUCGGAAGGACUAGAUGUAAUGGCCGCAAGUCUGAAAAGCAUUGGACCCAUCAUGACUGCACACUACAGAAACCUUAACAACGCCCGCAACAAAAUUAUGCCAAAAGUCGACGGCCUCACGGAGUACGUCAACACCACCUACACAGUGUUGAACGCAACCUACGGUGAAACGCAACCCAACAUGUUCGGCGUGAUAAACAACGUUGAUAUGUUCACAAGGCAAUUCUAUUACGCCGAACAGAUGGUGAUCACAGCCAUUGGUAACGACCUGUCCCGUUUGAACAGCGAACUCCAACAAACCAUGGACCAGAUCAUGCAAAGCUACAGCUCUCUGCUCAACUCGUUAUGGUAUCAAGCAAAUGCAGAAUCUUGUACAUUGCAAUACACCAGUGUUACCACCAAUCUGCCCAACCAGUUGACAAAGUUCGGAGCGUGUCUGCAGACGGAGGUGGAUACCAUCCCAACGGUUGUCCCUACUGUGCUGGAAAUGUUCACUCUGAUAAAGAAUGACUUUAUUUCCCUGAUCAAACAGCUGAAGAUUUGCGCUACUACGUCUACCAACUGCAUCAAUGAGUAUUUCAAUGACGCCCAUUCGGAGCUCAUGAGGAUCAACAUGGAACUGUCGCUGGUCUCCGAUUUUCUGCAUUUCUACCAGUACGAAGCUUUCAUGGAUCGCAAUCAGUUUUGCGGAGAGCUGAUCAAGUACAACGUCCAGGAUAUCACGGCAAACAUCAUGAGAGAGUUCGGGCAAUGCGUGUAUCCAUGGUAAGCUCUACAA